UCCGUCCCGUGCGCUAUCAGGAUCCGCCCAUUUAUGUUACUAUUUGUUCUCAGCGUUAUUUACUAGACACAUUUAAUAUUUAACAUGGAUGAACGUCGACGAAAUAUUGCUCUUGCUGCGAUUACUCUCAGUAAUGAGUUUCUCCGGAGCCAUAAUUUUCGAUACAGAUAGUGAAACCAGUGAUGAUUCAGAUAUAGAUGAGGGAGCUUUGAGAAGAAGAAUUCAAUUACGUGAUGGUCAACGAAAACCUCCAAGGGUAAAAAAUUAUGUUGAAAUAACUGUACCAAAAUUUAACACACAGCAGUUUAGAAGACAUUUCCGUAUGACACCAGCAACAUAUGAAAAUUUAGAAGUAAUGCUUAGUCCUGUUCUUUCUUUGUCUCAAGGAAAAGCUGUAAUUUCAGUAAGAAAGCAAUUAUUGGAGUCGUUGUGGUUACUGGCAAUGCCUGAUUCAUAUCGUUCUUUUGGUGAAAGAUUCGAUCUUGCCAAAAGUUCGUUAAACAUAAGUUUCAUGAGAGUCGUUAAAUGUUUAAAUGAUAUAGCAGGCCAAAUUAUUGUAUGGCCAAGAGGCCAAGAACUAAACAGAGUAAAAUCAGAUUUCGACAAAAAUUCAUUACUGCGAGGCAUUAUUGAUGCCAUUGAUGGAACACAUAUUCCUAUAAAAGCUCCUAAGACUAAUUCCCAAUACUAUAGAACCUACAAGAAAACAUAUGCCAUAAUUUUGCAAGCAGUUUGUGAUGCUAAUAUGAAAUUUACUGACUGUUUUGCAGGAUAUGCAGGUUUAGUUGGAGAUUUAAGAAUCUUCAGAAAUUCAGAUUUCUGGAUAGAAAUUCAACUAGACAAACAAUCUUCCUUUCCCAAUGAUGAAUUCAUUAUUGGUGAUAAGGCAUAUCCUGUUCUAACAUGGUGUAUUCCCCCUUAUAUUGACCGUGGUCAACUCACAGGUGCCCAGAAAAAAUUUAAUACAAUUCUUUCAUCAAAACAGUCAGUGAUUGAACGCGCAUUUGCACUACUAAAAGGCAGAUUUCGUAGAUUAAAGUUUCUUGAUAUGAAUGUAGAUGAAAUAAUUCCCCAUGUUAUAAUUGCCUGCACAGUAUUAUAUAAUAUAUGCUUGGAUGGCAUUGAUGCAAAUGAUAUAGAAUGCUUUAUAAAGGAAGGUAUGGAAAUGGAGAUUGAAGUUUAUGCUGAAAAUAUACCUAAUGAAGAGACAGGAGAAAUAAAACGUAUAUUAUUUAUGUGCAUUAGUUGCUGAAGCAUAUUGAUAUGCAAUGUAAUUUUUAUAGUAUACAUUUAA